AUGAAAUCAAAUACCGAUGUUUUCAACUCGGUGGUGGCGGCGUUGUUCCUCCUCGUCGUGUGCCUGUUUGCGGUAAUAGUCAAGACCAACAAUGGGACACUGGCAGGAGGAGUGCUGUCGUUUAUCAUCUUCAUCUGCUAUAUUGCAUCGCUAGCUGCCCCUUUCAUGAUGGCCCCGCUCCUCGAGUUCCUGCUGGCACUGUUUCUUUUUUUUGCCUACGCCUCCAAACUUAAUGAGAAGUUUAAAGGGCUCUACUGGCCUUUGACGGAUUUCUUGCGGUGCGUCACUGCUGCCAUUAUUUACUUUGCCAUUUCAAUUGCUGCUGUCUCGAGAUAUAACGACGGCGCAUCAAAAGCAGGAGGAGUGUUUGGAUUUGUAGCCACGAUAGUGUACGCCAUUGAUUUCUACAUCACCUUCAAUGACCUGGUUACUUUUCUCAAGCAAGGCAGUUCUGAUGCUCCUGAAGAGCGCAAGUCAGAAGAUGAGGACUCCGAUUCUGACUCGGACUGA